AUGAUCAGCCGUCGUCUCGGUGACGUCGCCCUUCGGUUUCUCUUCACAGGAAAUCGUUUAACUCGUCUUUUUUGUCCCUCUCGGACUCGUGUCUCCGUCACCUCUCGGCCUCCCUGCCCCGUCGGUCGGACCUCGUUCCUCCUCCCCGGGACUCGAACCCUCCCUGAGCAGCUUUUGGACCUGGAGGACAAACGGCAGCUCAUUCAGGAGCCUCUAAUUGUGGCCCCCGAGUCUCCACAAAGCCCCCCUGCCUCCUCCCUGAAUGAGCUGCCCUGCGGAGGCCCGUGUGAACCGCGGCGCCCCUUCCUCCUCCCCAUCCUGCCCCCCCUCCUCCACCUGUUAAUUAAUAGUUCUUACAGCAGAUUUGGACGCGGCUCGGCUUUGAUUGAAGGCGGCCAUUAG